UACCAGAUGAUUAUUGGCCCUUGCAUGGUACAUGGUUGACAAUGGUUCGUGCCUGGUUGUUUGAUGGUGUUCCUGGGGAUCAGAGGCUCCCCCACAAGAGAGAGGGGUCUCAGGAGAUCUCCCUGGAGAAGCUAGCUGAACUUGGAGUGCUCUAUUUGAAGUUGGAUGCAGACAAUUACGAAGACGAUGGCAAGCUUGCUCAGAUCCGUUCAGAGAGAGGUUACAACUACUCUGACCAAAUCACCUUGUCCCCAGAGAAGCUGCCUAACUAUGAGCAAAAGAUCAAGAAUUUCUUCGAGGAGCAUUUGCAUGCCGAUGAGGAGGUGAGGUUCAUUGUGGAUGGUAGUGGCUACUUUGAUGUUAGGGACACCAGUAAUCAGUGGAUUCGUAUCGAGUUGGUCAAGGGAGACCUCAUAACUCUGCCAGCUGGGAUCUACCAUCGCUUCACUCUCGACUCAAACGACUACAUCAAAGCCGUCCGCCUGUUUAAGGGUGAACCUGUGUGGACCCCCAUCAACAGGCCAGCUGAUGAGCAUCCUGCAAGAGUCGACUACCUCUCACAUCAUCCCAUAGCCAUUUCCGCAAAAUGACUCGUCAAAUUUUUGUUGUAUGAACACUAACACAAACUUUUACUAACUAGAUCUAUUAAUUUCGUGUGUUUUUUGGUUUAUAUACAUGUACCUUUUCUAUGGUGAACCUUAAUUAAUUAAUAUC